AUGUCAUAUAUAUAUCAGAAACAAAAUAAUCAUUAUUUGCGUAAACAAAAUUAUAAUCAAAACCGAAGUCAUUCUUAUUAUAAUUAUAACAGUAACAAGACAUAUUAUACCAAUCAUAAUGUUAACAUUAGUAACAAUAUUGAUAAUACGAGACCAUAUCAAUCUAGGUAUAAACAUGGAAUGAGUAAUAGUAGUAAUAGUUAUAUAGAUGCUAACUCAGGAACUAAUGAGAAUGGUCUAACAACCUUAUAUAUGGGUGAUUUGGAUACAAAUUGGGAUGAAUCAGUUAUAAGUAAUCUCUGGAAAUCAAUUGGUGUUACUAACAUUAAUCUAAAGAUGAUGUGGCAACCUAAUACGAAUAAUAGAUUAAAUCAAGGAUAUUGUUUUAUAGAAUUCCCAACCAAUAAAGAAGCAUCCUAUGUGUUAUUGAAUUAUAACGGGACACCAAUUCCGAACAUCCCAGAUAAAUUCUUCAAAUUAAAUUGGUCAAAUAAUUUUAGUAAUAAUGCUAAUAGUCAUAAAAAUAACGAAAUUACCUCUGUAUUUGUUGGAGAUUUAGCUCCAACUGUUACCGAAACCCAAUUAUUUGAGCUAUUUAAUAGCAGGUAUAAAUCAACAGUCAGUGCAAAAAUAAUUAUGGAUUUAAGUACAGGUUUGUCAAAGGGAUAUGGCUUUGUAAAAUUUAGUGAUCCUCUGGAUCAACAAAAUGCCUUAGUGGAAAUGCAAGGUGUAUAUUUCAGUGGUAGAGCAAUAAAAUUAGGUCAAGGGAAUAAUAACAGUAACAAUAUGACAGUUUCUGCAUCCAAAAACAACAAUUCUAAAUCUUAUGUUUCCACUUCAUCACAACAAUUACCAAGAACACAAUUUGUUGUUCCCAAUCAACAUGUACCACAAAUAAACCAUUUCACUGAUCCAAACAACACUACUGUAUUUAUUGGUGGAUUAUCCUCUAGUGUCACUGAAGAUGAAUUAAAAAGUAUUUUUGAACCAUUUGGGCCCAUGGUAUAUAUUAAUAUACCAAAGGGAAAAGGUUGUGGAUUUAUUCAAUUUGUAGAUAAACAGUCUGGAGAGGCCGCUAUAUCCAAUAUGCAAGGUUUUCCUAUUGGAAAUUCUCGAAUAAGAUUGUCCUGGGGAAGAUCUUUUAAACAGUAUAAUAAUAACUUUAAUAAUCAUAGUAGUAGUAAUAGCACUAAUAGUAAGAAAAACUUAUAUCUGAAACAACCAUCUAUACCUAAUCCAAUCUAUACUACACAUUUUGCACAUCUAAAAAUAGGUGAUAACACUACUACUACUACUACUACUACUACUGCUAAUAUAAACACUAAUAGUAAUAAAAAUGACGUUUUAGAAUUUUUACCUGGUUUCCAAAACAAUUAUUUCAUAAAUGAAAAUGUUUUAACAAAUAAUAUCAUUAAUGGCAAUAAUAAUAUUAGUAGCAUACAUAGUUUUGAUAGACUAGAAAAUAGAAGUAAUAGAUAUUUGUAA